UAUUAUUUGGGGUAUUGGUUUGUUGAUUGUUUUUUGAAUUUGAAUAAUAUUAUAUGUUUUAGGAAUUAAACCUUUAACAUUAUGUUUUCUGCGCUUAAAAAAUUAACUAGAAGCAGUGAUGAUCGCUGUCAGCCUCCACUUCCUAUGUCGACUUCUUUGCAAAAGAAAUUUUCAAGAGGUGUACAUUUUAACAUGAAAAUAUUGAUCAAAGGUGAUAGAAAUGUUGGCAAAUCUUGCUUAUUACAACGACUGCAAGGAGGCGCAUUUAAAGAAGAAUAUGUUCCAACAGAACAAAUACAAGUCGCACCCAUACACUGGACAUAUAAGAACACAGAUUUUAUUGUUAAGGUAGAAGUAUGGGAAGUUGUAGAUAAAGGUAAAUCCAAGAAGAAGGCACCUUUAGGGUUAAAAUUGGAAAAUCAAACUGUUCCCAUAGCAAUGGAAGAUGGAAUUGAAACCCCUGUGCUAGAUGCCACAUUCUUAGAUGUUUAUAAAAAUGCUAAUGGGGUCAUACUGAUGCUGGACAUUACAAAACCAUGGACAUUUGAUUAUGUUGUUAAGGAGUUGAUGAGCAUACCGGCUGAUCUGCCAGUUAUUAUACUUGGGAAUCAUUGUGACAUGCAGCAUCACCGACAAGUACAUGCUCAUCAUAUAGAUCAGGCGUUAUAUAAUGCUAGGGCUGUCAGGACAGCACCGAUACGCUAUGCCGAGUCGUCAAUGAGGAAUGGGUUUGGUUUACGCAUCUUGCACAAGUUUCUCAGUGUUCCCUUCCUACGACUGCAGAAGACUAGUUUACUGGAGCAGCUUCAAAGGAAUCAGAAGGAUACUGAAGUAAUUGAAAAGGAACUUGACGAUUUUCAGAAAUCGGACGAAUCGGAUUAUGAUGCUUUUGUCGACAAACUAGUUAACAAAAGACGUCAAAGCACGGAAACAGAACCCCGCGUGAACAAUGAGCGAUCGCCAAGUAUUGUGUUGGGAGCGGGCAAACCCAUUGUGCCUCCGAGUGUGAACCCCCUUUUGGCGCAAUCAUUGAGCGCGUCAUUUGCGAGGCCACAGCAGAAUGUCGGCGAGGAUCAGAUAUCACUCCAGACUCACUUUGUCAGCCAACAACUAAUUAAUCCGAAAGGCAAUCGUUUAGUGAGCAUGGAUGUGACUCCGUCUAAAGUAUUGCAAGACAGCGGUCCGAGCACUCCGUCAGCUACAAAUGUGUCCGUAUCGACCUCCUCCGGUGCCUUAGACGAGUUCUACGCGGGGACCCUCGACAGCAGCUUCCUAGAAGACCUGCCCCCCAUCUCUCAUGUCGACCAACAAGCUUCUUACGACAGCGACAGUGACGACGGCAACAUUGUAAACCCCAGAGUAACUGUAGACCAAGAUGACAUAGACAUUGACAGCCCGUCACUGAAUUACGUUCAGAGAAAUGAUAAUCAUGUAUUGGGAAAUGUAUUCGCAAAGCAAUUGGUUCUGGGCCAGACUUCAGCUGACGACGAAGAUGUGACAGAUGUCUUGGUGGACCGAGAUGCUUGCAAUAAUGAAUACCCGCUGUGGGCUGGGGACUCCAGCGCCAGGAGGUCGCCAGAAGGUGGUGAGGACUCCGAUGGCAAUAAAGAGGCAGAAACACAAAAGGAUAAGAAACACAAAAAGAAAAAAACGAAAGACAAAGAAGACGGUGAUAAAACUGAGAGGAAAUUAAAGAAACACAGACGUAAGAGAUCCAAGGGAGAGAGAGUUGAGCGCAAUCAGCAACAGGACCUCCUUGAUACGAGCGUGGCGCCCGGACUCAACUAUAAUUAUGAUGAGUAUGACAGCAUUUAGCAUUUACUGUACACCUGCUUAAGAUACACUGUAUAACAAUGAACAAUUAGACAAGACACUGAUGUCAUUAUGUAUAUGUUGUACUUAUGAGCUGUUAAUCGUUUAAGAUACAAAGCUAACUGCCGUCAUAACAUAAAUCAAAUCAAAAUCAGUUUAUUCACGUAGGUCACGGAAAUGACACUUAUGAAUGUCAAAAAAAAAUCUUAUUGAAUCUACCGCUACUUCGUAAAGGGUUGAGCUAAUGAGAAGAAGCAGCAAGAAACUCAUUAGCACUCUUUUAUAUCAAGCAUAACUAUGAUAGCACUUAGCAUCAACCUUACAUUGCCGUAAUAAUGUUGCUGCUUUAGAUUAAGUAUUUGUCUCUGCUGCGCUCCAACUAGAUACCGUAGGCGUAGUCGCAAAGUGCGGCAACUAACACUACGCCCAAGUGGGCGUACUCGAGCCAGUCUCGAAUGUGUGACGUUGACGUGUCACAUGUUAAUAGUAAAACUUUGUAAAAAUAAUACUUCAAGAAAUAAGAAAGACUCUGGGAUCACCUACCAUUGGUUAAUAUUUUGUAUUUUAUUAUAUUUCAAUGUAAAAUAACACUAAAUGUAUAUAAGUUACAAAAGAACAAUGGCGAAAUUUUAUCUGACUAUAGGAAUAACCGUCUAAGGUUAGGAUAGUUACGAAAAAAAACUUCGUAGAUAAAUUGACUUGUUAGAUAAAAUUGUAUUGCAAAAGGAACCGGGGAAAUAAAUAAAAUAUUUAUUUCAUUUUCACAUUAUAUGCUGUCACGACUAUGAAAUCACAUCCAUUUUAGGUUAGAUCAAGGAAAGCUAUCUGUCAAUAUGACUGACAGCGAUGAGCGAGUGAUCAAUGAGUUUCUAAUUUCUAUACCUGUCACCUAUGAUCUACCUAAUGCUAAUAAUACCUAUCAAUUAUAUGUAGUUACCUCUGUUGUGUUGUUUUGUGCUUUCUUUAUUUUAUUGCGCAUUUGACUUCCCUCUUAUAAAAUUACUUAUAAAGCUAUGGACAACCAACUCUGGUUUGUUGCAAAUAAACUGUUAUUACCAUUGCAUCAAGUAACAAGUUUCCAUUUUAUCAUAAUAUAAUACUCAGAGUUGUUGACCGUAGACAGUAGUACCGUAGACGUUAGUAAUUAGGCGGGUAUUUAUUAAUUAUUUGCCUAUGGUUACUAGUUCCUAGCCUUAAAGAUUUUUGGAAUUGUGUUAUUCAGUGUUAUUGUUGUUGGAACAUGUUAGUUGGAAUAUAAUAGAUAAGUAUAAUAUAGUUAGAACGGUAAAGUAAUAAAAAUAAAAAACCUUACCUAAAAACUCAAACAAAACAAUCAUUUAUUUCUCCAUUAUCCCGGUUCCAAAUUAAAAAUGAAUAAUGUCAGUAGAUGCAGAAAAUUAUAGAGAAUUAAUUAGUACACGUCAGUUCUUGAGACGCUACCAUUCAAUUUCAAAUAUUUUGUAGUAUGAAACUUCGCCAUUGUUCUUUGAAAUAUGCCAUUGAGUGUCAAGGUGCCACGCUUACAAGCGUUUUACAAAUAGCCAAUACAUACUACAAUAUAAAGUUGCCGUAACAAACUGUUGUUCUUAGGUAGUGCGGUAUCUAGUUGGAGCGCAGCGGAGACCAAUCCUCAAGACGAGAGACGAAACUUUAUAUGAACUUUAUUUGGUUUAGAUUCAAUAAUAAUUGCACGAGGCAAACUCUUUGAUGUGUCUUAUUAUUGUAAAAGCAGUUAGCUAUUGUAUUUAAAGUAGUAUUUUUUAUAUUUAAAGCUCACUUGAGUUGAGUUAAAUUUAGCAUUUACUUUACACUAUUGUGUGUCACAAUUUUAUAUUGUUUGUGAUAGAACUAUUUGCUUAAAUCGUAGAUAGAAGAUGGACACUAGAUUCGCUGUCGGCGUAUGUUAAUGUGAUAGCAAUAGUAGUAGAGACGUGUGUUAUGUUUUCAUGUUUCAUUUGUGGACGAUUUGUACAACGUUAUAGAUAACUACGUCCCAUAAUGUAAUAAUAACUGGAAUCACACCAAAUCACGACAAAGAAGGACGUUCAGUUGAUGGUAAUUGAUACGCCCUGCCCAUUACUAUGCAGUGUCACUCAGGAUUCUUGAAUCACACGACAAUUCUGAGCGACACUACGAUUGCGCUCGUCACCUUGAGAUAUAAGAUGUUAAGUCUCAUUUGCCCAGUAAUAUCACUAGCUACGGCGCCCUUCAGACCAAAACACAGUAAUGUUAACACAUUACUGCUUCACGGCAGAAAUAGGCGCUGUUGUGGUACCUAUAAUCUAGCCGGUAUCCGGUGCAAAGGAGCUUCCCACUGGUAAAAACUGUCAGAAUUUAUUCAAUUACAAUUUAAAUUAAAUAGUAUUUCACGGCAACCAUUGUUUGUUGGGAGUUGAUGAACUAUGUCCAAAAAAAAAUCGCAGAUGUUAAAAGGAUAGCAGAUAUUGUAGUGUAUCUCGCUUACUCUCAAUACUAAUCUCAUCUAUGUGUCUCUGUCACGUUAUUAUUGUUAUUUUAGUGACGCAUCUAUUGUUCAUAUUCUAUGUACGGCUUAAAUGAUCUAAUACAUUAAUAACAAGGUGUUUGAUGUCAUUAUUAUCUUAAAUUAUAUUUAUAAUUUUUUUAACACUUUAUCUCAACGAAAUUGUAUUAUUUUAAAUAAACUAGGGAUAAAAUAAAACACGCAAGCCAUUAAGUACUUAUUUGAUGUUAUUAUUUAUUAAAGGGAAAAAUUAUUAUUCCCACUGUAAUUGCCGCUGUGGUUUUGGAGUGUUUAUCUAAAAAUAUAUAAAGUUAGCUUUAUUAUGACAGCACUAAGCGUUUACUUUACACUUUGUAAAAAUAAUAUUACUUUAAUAUUUCACAUUGCUUGUGAUAUAAUUCUUACAUAAUUCGGUUUAGUUGAAAAUAUGCAAUGACUAUAGUCAUACUUAACGUAAAUUACUUUUAUCUACACCCAUGCUUUAAAUCCUCUAUUAAAGAUUCUGAAACAGUUAGCUUAUUACCAACAUAAAAACACCCAAUGUCGUAAUAACCAUUACAUCAUCCAAACGAGUGUUGUAAUGUUGUACUGAAUUUCAUAACAACACUCCUUGGUUUUUUUUCAAUCCCUUCAUGCUCAAAGAGUUUCAACAAACAGCCACAUUCUUAUUGCUCGAUGCGUGGUAUCUGUAUGAAUUUCAAAAAAAGAACAUUUCCGUUUACGCGUGUUCCACACAACCAGAACGUGGCGCGCCGUAAAAAAAAGUAGGUUAUUCGAAACCCCGCCAUUUUUGUUGAAAAAAUGAGCACUUCAAUUUUUGACAGCACAUCGCCGGAUAUUUUAAACGCUGCAAAAGAACAUAAUAUUCAAGUGAAUUUUAAUAAUUGCACUAUACAAAAUGUAAAUUACUACUAAAAUAAAUAAUUAUUGAGUUUAUUUGUAUAUAAACAGUAAUGGAUGAUAUUAGGUUACUACUAGGACUGGCUGUUUUAAUGUUAACAGUAAGCUGUUUCAGAAUCUUUUAGAGGAUUCAUACUGUGGGUGUAGAUAAAGUCUUGUAUGCAACUGUUGAUAAUUAGGUAUUAAAACACUCAUGUGAUACUAUUAUCACACGAGGCAUAUUCGUGUUUUAAUACCCCUUAUUACACAACAGUUGCAUAAAUAAGUAUUACCCAUAGCUUGUGUUGGAAAGGCAUUUACCCCUUACUGUUUAAACCUGAACAACUUUAUUCCGAUUUAACACAUGCGAUCAUAUCAUUAUCAAAAAGCAUAAUAAUUUUAGUCGAACUAUCUCCCUAGGCUUAGUUUAAAUUUAUUAUCUUUUCUAGAUAUACAAGCUUAUUUUUGUUCCUUAACACAUUCCUCUUUAUUUGAAUAAUCGAUUUAAUUCUAGUCAUUCUAAAUUCAAUAGUAAUAAUUCAUGUGAAAUAUUAUUUUUUAAACCCAAUUCACAGGCCGCGAUCCUGAUAGUAUUAAAAUCGUGUAAAGUGUUUGUACAAUUUAUUGAAGUCGGCGUUACUUUGCGGAAAUCCAUAACUAUACAAAUGAUUUGAGCCAGACGUGUUACACGUCCUAAGGAUGCCUCGUGUAGAGACAAAUAUUGGCGGAAUUAACACUAAAGAAAACUCAAAUCAUUUGGAUGUUUGGUACAAGUUCCAAAAUAAAGUUUAUUAUAUGUUGAUAUACUUGGUCGAUAGUUUUGAUUUUAUUAACGGAUUAAUGCUGAAAACGCACGUGUUAUUAAUAAAUAUAGUAUAGUACGAUCACGACAGAUGACUACUGCGCAGGAGACAUUUUAAGAUCUCCCUGGAGAUGCGGGGCGAAGCGCAGGCGGAAUGCGUCAAGACCAGAGUGACGCCAUUGGUCGCGCGCUUGUCGCGUGAUAGACCGCUCGGUCGCUAUUGGUCGGUCGCAGCAUUGACUCGCUGCCACUGCUCCCGAGUACAGUUGAAAAGAAAAGUGUUUCGUUGUUUUAAAUUUAUUGUGUUACAUAUAUAUAUUAAGAUUUCCUUGUUUGUAUAUAAUAUGUAGAAGAAAAGCAUAUAAAAAGUGACCACGUCGUGGCUGAGUUUACUGAUAAUUAAUAAUAACGAGAAACAGACUAGAGCGGAGAUGUGGAUGUAUCUGAAUCAUCGGAAGAUGAAUUAAAAACGGAAUCCGGCCCCCCAGUUCCACGAUAAAGUGAGUCAUGGAACUUAGGAUACCGAUUAAAGGUUUUACUUACCAAGAUAAUAUUUUUACUUUAAUUUGUUUUAAACUUCUUACGUUUGAUUUAUAUUCAUUACCAUCACUAACAAUAUAACACAAUUUAUUAUGCUACGAUAAAAAUAUUAUUUAGUCUAAAGUCUUUUUUUCAUGAGUGUAACAUGGGCAGACGGCCGCCAUUUGUGGUCAACUUUCGUGAAUUGAUCUAUAUGAGAAACCAUAUGAAUGUAAAUGUUACUAAACAAUUUGUUAUUUAAAGUGAUAACCCUCACUUCUGGGUUUAAUUAGAAUUAGUUAAACAAGACAUAUCAAGAUUUAUGAACCUUACGUCACUGGAACGGUUGGCCCAGAGGAAGAGAGCACAGAACGGGAGAACGCAUCGUUCAUAAAUUUUGUUUUCAAAUGUAACUCUUACUGUUGCUGCCUAUUAGUAUUAUAUACACGUUUGUGAUGUUUGGGCUAUGGGAACAAUUCGGGAACCUUCGUAUUGUUGAGUAGGGUUGGCCCGCACUUCCUUUUUUGCCUUCCGCUUUUUACAUUUACAAACAUACGCGUUCUCAGCAUUGCUGUCUUCAUUUUAUAUCUUUUCUUAAUACCAAAAAACUCUUUUACACAAUAAAAAAACAGGUAUUCGCAUACAUAAAUAUUAAUUAAGAUCCCCCACGUACUUUCUAGACAGCCUGACAUAGUAUGACGUAAGAGCGACAAUAUUGAACUGUCAAGGUUUAUGACUCCACUGACAGACGGACUGGUGAAGCGCUAGUAACAAGGUUCUCGUUGGUGCGGAACUUAACACACACACACACACUGGUUUCCGUUGUAGUUUAUUAUGUAAAUGUAUGUCCUGUUUACACCGAACUUAUUGAACUGUGUAUUUUACAGGAAUAUAUAGUUUUCACUAAGUCACAAGAAUCUCGAAUAUUAUAAUAAUAAUAAAAAUGGUAAUUCCACCCUUUGUAUAUAAUGUUAUAAAGGUAUAUUGUGCAAUUAUUAUAAGCCCUUGUUAUAACAGUACGCGCGCGAAUAUUUAAUGCGUUAAUGUAUUAUUUUGAUAGGUAUAUAAAUAAUAUUUGCUUCAAUCCUUUCAUACAAUGCUUUGUCGAAUGUGAUUAAUGUUUGUUUAAUUUGUCAGAAUGUUUAAAAGCAUGUUAUAUCAAUGGCUGAUCAAUGUUAAGUAUUUUAUAUCUAUUAAGUACUAUUGUUAUAAUGUUUAUGCUUGUUGAAAACGUUGAAUAAUUUUACAUAAAGGAAAAUUUUAUUAUGCCAA